CUCUCUCUCAUGGGCAAGGUCAAUUUCAAAAAUCUAGUACUCUAAACCCCAUAUAUAUACAGAGAGGCAGAGAGAGGGAGACAGAGAUCGAGGAAGAAGAAGUUCAAUAAUUCUGUGAAGCUUGUGGCGUUAAUGGGGAAUUCGCCGAUGGAGAAAUCGACAGUCGGCAAAUCGAAGAACGCCAUCAUGAGAUUUUUACCCAAGGUGGCCACGGCGGUUACGUUUCAAAACCCGCCGUUCAGCCCCGGCAGAAACUCCACCACCGGUAGGAUCAGAUCGUCUGACAUUAACGCAAACAGGUUGCGGACAACCACUUGCAGAGGAUUCUCCGGCCCCAUCAUAUCCAUAAUUCCGGUCGAGGCUCGCCGGGAGACGUCCAAGAACGGCAGCUUCGAUUCUCAGGAACCCACUUCGCCCAAAGUUUCCUGCAUCGGCCAGAUCAAGCACAAGCACAAGAAAAAGAAGAACAAGAAGAGCAUCACCGACGGCAAAUCCAAAAACCAAGUUUCGCAAUUGCAAUCGGAGCCCAAGCCCCAAAUGGAGAUGAAGAAGGAGUUAUCGACGAUUCGGAGAAUCUUCAGCGCGAGGCCGGCGAGAAAGUCCGACCCGUCCGGGGACGUUCCUAAUCAGGGGAGGCGGCUUUCGGACGCGGCGCAGGCGCCUUCUCUGCAUCAGACGAAGCGGUUCUCGAGCGGCCGCGACGCGUUAGCGGGGUUCGAUUGGAGGGCGCAGAUUGCACCGGCGGAGUCGCGGGAACGCCGGGAAUACUAUUCCUACGAAGACAGGGGAGAGAGUGAAGAAGAAGACGAGGAGGCGAUUAUCCCUUUCUCUGCGCCCAUGGUGCUUGGCGGAGAAGUGGCUUCGGAACGAAGAAAAGAAAUCAAUUUGUGGAAGAGAAGAACCAUGGCUCCACCUGAACCUCUGCAAUUACGCACCACUAAUUCCUUUUCAAAUUAAUAGCAGUUCUUAGAUUUUCUUUUUCUCUUUUAAAAAAAUUGUGCUUCAAAUGGGAUUUGGGAUUUGGGAUUUUGAAUCUGUGUGUAUGUGAAUUACUUUUUGUAUAAUUUUAUACUGAAACUCAUUCAAAUUCAUACAAAAA